AUGGCCACCUACAUCGUCUUGGCUGAACCGCCGGAACAAAACCUUAGAAGAUACGUCGUUUACGUCGGUGAAGAUUCAAUCGACGCUACUUAUCAUCAAGGUAAUUCAACUAAACCUCGUAUCAUUGUCACUGUCACCGCCACUGCAUCCGCCGUAACACAAUGGCUCAGUACAGUACUCCGCCAGCACCGCCAAACUCUCUCGGCUCAUCAACUGGUAGUCGGCCUCGGUGUUCAAUGGACUAACUAUCGCAACAACAACAACACCUCCACCACCACCACCGCCACCACCACCGCCUCCACCUCCACCAGAAACAACAACAACAACAAUAACAACAACAACAACAACAAUCAGAAUCCUUUUACCACCGACACUUUACAGCUAUGCAUCGGUAACGAAUGCCUUAUUUUCCAACUGAAACAUGCCGAUAUGAUACCGGAAAAUCUCCGAAAACUUCUCUUGCAUCGUGAUAAUACUUUCGUAGGUUUCUGGAACAAUGGAGAUCGCUGGAGGCUGUCAAGAUCGAAACAUUGCUUGGAAUUGUUCAGAUAUCCUAUGGAUCUGAGGUAUAAGGCAUAUAUAAUAUGUAAUGAAAAUCUUUCAUUAGCUAACUUGGAUGAAAUUGCGUUGAAAUGCUUAGGGUUCCAAGUGGAGCAAAGAACAGACACUGCAAUGAGCAAUUGGGGUCAAUUGAAUCUUGAUUUAGAUCAAAUUGCUUAUGCGUCGAUCGAUGCUUUUUGUGCGUAUAAGAUGGGGGUUUCUAUUGAAGCUUGGAGGUAUAAGGAUGAUUAG